UGCCAGUACACAAAAUGAACCAGGAUACAGAUGGGGGAGGCUGGUGCUCCAUCCUGCUGUUCUUAUGCAUUGCCGUCACCAUUGGCUCCGUUCUGCCCGUUGGCUACUGCUUUGGGGUGAUGAAUGCGCCCGCUGAGAAUCCUUCAAUGCGCACUACUCAACACAACUCAGCGAUGGACAAACCACCUUGCUCUGGGCUAUUAUAGUGUCGGUGUUUCAGAUAGGUGGUAUCUUUGGUUCGUUGUGCGCAGCCAGUUUAAACACCAGAUUCGGGCGACGCGGCACGCUCCGCAUAACUGACUUUAUAUUCACCAUGUCGUUUUUGUUGUUUUUGCUUUGUCGCUAUAUUGUCAAAUCGGUGGAAAUGUUGCUGUUGGGUCGUCUCCUUGGGGGUGUGGCAUCCGCCCUUGUCUACUCCACGCAGCCCAUGUAUCUGGUCGAGCUUGCGCCGCCCGAACUAAGCGGCAGCGUUGGCGUCUUCACCUGCAUCGGCAUUACUGGUGGCGUUGUCGUGGGUCAACUAUUAAGCUUUGACUUUGUGUGGGGAACCAAGGAACAUUGGCACUGGGCACUAUCUGCAUUCAUCAUAUUCGUUUGGAUCGGCUCGCUGUGCUCGUGUUUUUACCCCGAGAGUCCGCGAUUUCUCGUGGCGAAGGGCAGAAAGGAAGAGGCGAAGAUGGUGCUCCAGCAUUUGCGUGGGCUAGACCAGCGUGCUGAAAAGGAGCUGGCCCAGAUCGAAGCUGCGGCACAUGGAGCAGAGCCAUCGAUGAGCAUCAAGGAUGUCGUCUGCAAUGGCAAAUUGCAAAUGGCUAUCAUUCUGGUUUGCUCCUUUCAUUUUGUUCAACAAGGAAGCGGCAUCAAUGCUAUCUGGUUUUACUCGGUGGCCACGUUCACGGAUGCGGGCUUCAGCACAUCGGUGGCUUUGUGGCUCAACUUUGCACUGGGUGUGCUUAACUUUUUGGCCGCUCUGUGCGGUGUCGUCCUUAUGGCCAAAUUCGAUCGACGUCUUAUGAUGAUGCUCUCAUGCAUUUUGUCGGCUCUAUUUAUGUUGCUACUCAGUUUUGGAUUACACUUUGCGGAUGUCUUUAAAUGGCUGGCGUAUUUUUGUAUUAUCUUGCUCGCUUUAUACAUGCUGUCUUUCAAUAUGGCGCUUGGUCCGAUGCCCUAUUUCAUAGGCUCAGAGCUUUUUGUGAUAUCGCCACGUGCCGCUGUCAUGGCCUUGGGCAGCCUUUCCAAUUGGAUCAUGAAUUUUGUGAUUGGCAUGAUUUUUCCCAUACUAAGCGACAGCAUUGGAUCGUUUGCUUUCUUGGUUUUCGCUGUUAUAUGUGUUUAUGGCUUUUUGUUAACUUACAGAUACUUGCCAGAGACGAGAAAUCGCACUCCCGAGGAUGUUGCUCCUCUAAUGGAGAAUGGUUUCAAGUCAAAAAUCAAAUAGAAUUCAUAUUUGCCUUUUUCUGAAAAGUAAGGAAACGGAAGUAAGCAGUAACUGCGUUUCAGCCGUAACGAUCAGAUGAGUUUAUAAGAGUGCUUUAAAAAAAUUGUCGUUUUUAGAAGACAAAUAAAUUUAUAAUGUGAUUUAAAAAUAUAUUUACUCUAUUUCACUUUUCAAAAAGUUUUGAAUAUUUUCAAAAUUUGUGGCAUCACUGACUUGCACUCUCACUCUCAAUGUGGCGCUCUCUUUUAUUUCAGAGAGAGCUUUGAGCCAAUUGCGACGUCACAGGUGAAGCGUCAAGAUUAGCAUUUGUAUGAGCCUUCUAUUAAUAUAAUGUGGCCAGUGGGCAGUAGAACGUUGAGGCAAACGGAACGUCUCAUUUUCCAGAAGAGCGCGCGCAGCUUCGCAAAUAAAUGCCGCAGAGACGAAUUUGAAAUCGUCGGCAUCGUCUAGUGAAGUGUGUGGAAUUAAGUAAUGUGCGUUUAAAAAUAAAAUAUAGCAACAGCACUGCAGGUGCCAAACGCAUAAAACACAAACACAAAAGAAUGAAAGAAAAAGGAAAAUGUAUUGCAAGAAAUAGAGCAACAUAAAUAUUUGUAUAUUGAAUCAUUGAUAAAAUAACAUAUAGCGCAUUGUAGUUUUAAAAUAGAUGAUGUGCAUGCAAGUCAGCUGCUGCGAAAAAUAAUUCAAAAUAUCUAACGAAACGAAACGAACCGUAAAUCGCAACAAUGCAAUGACGACGACGACGACGGCGCAUUUAUGACGUCACGGCCGGCGCGUCUCUCACGGACAUCUGGCAAAGAAAUAACACAAAACAGCAAUAAUAACAUUACUAUGUAUGUAUGCAUGUUCAUAUGUACACUGUGUACACAUCGACGGACAGCAACAACAAACAAAAAAAGCACGUCAUGGUGAUCGUUGAUAGUUAUCGAUUGUUCAUGAUAAAUGAGCUCAAGCUUUAGUGUAAAUACGAAAGAUGAACAAUUAAUGAGAUAAAUUUACAUUUGUGUAAAUGCGUGUGCAAUGAGUACACGUGUACUAUAUACCAGAAUAAAAAAAAAAAAACAAAAUAUACAUACAAAACCAGGUCGUCAGAAGCUACGGCAACUCAAUACGCCGGUCAAUGCACGAAAAUU